AUGUCCGAUGGGAAAGCAGGGUUGAUUCAGAAGUUACAGGUCGCACGCGAUGAGGCCAUUCCCCGAAUUCUCGCCAGACACUGCAGAGAUUCAAAGGAUGGACUCUUUAUCAUAGGACCAGAUACCUCACCAACCUCCUCGAAACGCCUUGUCUUCAUUCAAGCAUGCUUGCUGAACCUCUUUAUCAUUUGCUGCGUCUCCGUCCUCGCAUGGACCACGAUCUUUAACGACUUUUACGACACCUAUCCCGCCGCUUUACAUGCCACCUUCGCCCUUACCCACGUCCUCGUUGUCGGAACGGCAUCCUACAUCCUUUUCCGCUCUACCGUCUUCCCUUUCGUCUUUGGGGAGUGUCGCCUGAGGUGGUGCUAUGGCUUUCAGAAGACGGAAAUCCUUGUUCGACAAGCACCAGCGCAUCUUCGACCCACCAGACAUGCCGCGAGAUCUCUUGACUCCACCCAAGACAAAGGUAGUCUGCCGCUGGGAGAGAACGACAAGUAUCGAUCAUGGAUCAGCUCUAUCCGCAAGGCCAUUGAUCCACGACUGCUGUAUCUGCGGCCAUCUGCGAUACUUUCGAACGAGUACUGGACACCUGACUAUGGUGUUCUCAGAGACUUGUACGAUAGUAUGAGGGAAGGGGGUGUGGUCGAGGACGAAUUGCUUGUGACUAGUAUUUGGGAACGAUGCGACGAUGGGACAUGGAUUAUUGUUGAAUGUGAUAUUGAAAUGGAUAAAUUGUAA